AUGGUCUUUGAAGAGAAUGGAACACACUCCAUUAAUGAAUAUCGAACAUCAAGUUCAGCUGAAAUCAAGCGUCAUCAAACGCCAAUUGUGAAAUGCAUUGAACAACGAUUUGCUCAAUUUCAAGGUGAUGUUGAUAUAGAAUGUUUAGAGCAAUUGCAAGUAGUAAAAUACAAAGUCGAUCAACAGUAUAAACCUCAUUAUGACUGGUUCGUGGAACCGAAGCUUAUGACCAAUGGAGGCCAACGAGUAACAACAUUUUUUACAUAUCUUCAAGCCAAUUGUUCCAUGGGUGAAACAGAAUUUCUUGCUAUUCCAUUCAAUAAAUCAUUGCAUGAGCAAUUUUGUGAUAUCUUAGUUUGUGAUGAAAAAUCUGCUGAGCUGGGUAUUCGAUUUCGCCCGUUGCCUGGAAAUAGUAUCUUCUGGUAUAAUAUGAAUGAAUAUGGUGAAGUAGAUUAUUUGACAUUUCAUGCCGGUCGUCCGCCGGUGAUAGAUUGUGUGCCGGGUAAAUUUCAUACUUGUGAAAUCAAUGAUAUUUUUGUUUUGCCCGAUGAAGCAACAAUUUUGUCAAUUGUUAAUAUCAACAACGCAGGUCCAUGGAGUCUUCCAACAUCGUAUUUAGAAAUAAUGUACAGAAAUGGAUCAACUAUAAAAUUGAGCACUGCCGUUAUUGGUGAUAUCACUGGUCAAUGUACUUUUGGAGCACAAUUUAUUCCUUAUUACAACAAUAAUCAAGGAAAUGCUGUAGUUCUCAUGUGUUCAUCUUUCUCAUUUCCUGGUGGUGAUACUCUGUUUUUUCGAUUUAAAAUUGACAUUUUAACUUCAAUAAUCACUCCUAUUGGUGAUCCAUUGAUAUUUCAUUCGGAGAAUUCAUUUGCUCUAUUCACAUCCCGACCAACAACAGCUGCGAACGAUGUUUAUUUUCUUCUGAAUUCUUAUCCUUCUGGUUCGAAUAAUUAUUCAGUAGGUGCUUUGAAUUUGGUUGAUUUCAAAUUUCAAACAUGGCCUGUUAUACGUCCAUCACAAUCACCAUUCUUUCUCAAUGCACAUCUUGGAACAUUUAGCAGUGCUGCUCAAGUAGAUCAACUACUCUUUUCAGUUGGCUGUGGUCCACAUGAUGCAUCCUACACAUCAGAAAUGCUUUGUACUUUCAAAUAUUCCAAUGACAAAGAAUUCACUCUCGUUGGAAUGAAUUCAAUUCCUAAUGCACAAACCAAUCGUAAUUUGUAUUUGUACGCUCCAAGUGGACAACAAUGGGGCAUCACCAUAACAGGUGAUUCCACGAAUUGGACAGUUUCAAUUAUGAAUACACAAUUUACGGCACCGACUAAUUCUUCGAGUGAUGUAGUUUAUGGAGCAACAUUUAAUGAUGCAGAUGUUAUUUUAACCUAUACUAUAUCGGCAAGUAUUUCACCAUUGAAAGAUCGCUGUUUUUAUUUAGCUACAGCAUCUACUCGAAACAAUUUAUUGGUCAUACAGCAAUUAAAAUUCGGUGAAGAUUUCAAAACAACACCAAGUAUACUUGUUGAUUCAACAGCAAUCUCCGAUAUACCUCCAAUGUACACGACGACAAAGUUGUUCCUGACGAAAAAUUAUCUUUUCGUCUCCGAAGAAUUGAAUAUCUAUAGAUAUGCUGUUGAAUGUUAA